UGGAGGGUUUUCUACAUAUAGAGGUGCGCUCAACUCGCGAAACGAUUCAGUCUCAUCGAAACCAGCGUGGCAAUAAAAGAUCUAAUUGUAAAUCUUAAAAAAGAAAAAAACGAGAGAGAGAGAGAGAGAGAGAGAAAAAAAAAAUAUAUAUAUAUAUAUAUAUAGAAAAAAGAGAAAAGAAAAAGUGUCGAACUUGACUUCGAUGGUUUCUUUCUUUCUUUGUUUUUAAUUCAAUUCUCGGAAUCUCUAAGUGUCGUGUCGAGAUUUUUUAUUGUUUCUUUUUUUUUUUUUUCGAUUUGUUUUUUUCAUUUAUCUUCUUUCUCCAAAUCGUUCCAACAAACGGAGACAGUAAUUUUCAACAUUACGGGAGUUCCUCUAUUCACAUCGAAUCUACAACGGAAUUCGUACAUCGAUUUUGAAGAUCUAUCAAUCGAAUAGAUAAGUUUGAUCAAUAUGGAGCAAGGCGGAAUCUCAAUAAUAUCACCGCCAGGUAUUACAGAAAAUUCCAUUGGAAAACCAACGAAAAACAUUGGACUGGCGUUGAGAUCAAACGCGGGUAUUAGGAGUGCCAAAGAGAAGCUGAAAGCACCUUGGUUAAAAAAUCUAAUAAAAGAAGAGAAGUCGAUCUACGAGACAAUCAUGGUACUUCUAGGAGAGAUCAUCGGCACUGCAAUUUUAGUUUUCAUUGGAUGCUUGAGUUGCGUAGGAAGCAUGGGUAUCGUUCCACCACUUUAUCAAAUUUCCAUGAGUUUCGGUAUUGCAGUCACGAUUGCGAUUCAGUGCGUAGGUCACAUAAGCGGAGCUCACAUAAAUCCAUCGAUCACAGUGGCCAGUUUAAUACUCGGCCUUAAGUCUCUACCUAUGACUGGCCUUUACAUUUUUGCACAAUGCUUAGGAGGAGUCUUCGGUUAUGGUUUGUUAAAGGCAAUAACACCGAGUGGUAUGUUACACGGUGGAAAUCCAGAAGAUACGAUUUCCUUCUGCAAAACCGACUUACAUCAGAAUAUAAGUGUUUUUCAAGGAUUGUUAAGCGAAAUCAUUGCAACUGGUAUAUUGGUAUUCUUUGCAUGUGGCGUUUGGGAUCCACGAAAUGAAAAAAAUUCUGAUUCAGUACCAUUGAGAUUUGGCUUUUGUGUCACCGUUCUUUGCUUCGUUUUCAUUCCUUACACCGGUUGUAGCUUGAAUCCAGCUAGAUCAAUCGCACCAGCUAUUUGGAAUGGAUAUUGGAAAAAUCAUUGGGUCUUUUGGAUCGGUCCAAUUAGCGGCGCUAUUAUAUCAUCCAUUCUUUAUCGUUGUCUCUUUUUACCUACAAUUAAAAAGAAUGAAGACAAUCAAAAUACCUUGACCGGAAUAGAAACUUAAACUGAUCGAUACGCGUAAUGAUCACAAUUCGAGAGAAAAAGAGUGAAACGGAGAGAAAGAAAGAAGGAAAGAAAGAAAGAAAUAAAGAGAGCGAGAGAGAGAGAGAGAGAAAGAGAAAUCCUGAUCGUUUAAUCGAGCCGAAAUAAUUGGCGCUUACGAAUAAAAGGAUAAUGAAAGGAUCGUUAUCAUUUGAAGAAGGAGAGAGAAGAAGAGAGCUGAUAAGCCGAAAAGUUAUAAUAGCAUGAACAAAAAGAUCAUGUUCCUUGUUUUUUUUUUUCCUUUUUCUUUUUUUAUUUUAUUUUUAUAAACUUUUCUUUCAUAUUUUUGUAGAAAAGUAAUCGAAGCAUUUUUAUCUUUUGACAAUGCCGUUCGAUGAGAAAUUCGUCGUCGUCGAAAUAAUUUUCCUUUCUUUUUUUCUUCUUUUACUCUUUCUUUUUUAAUUGUACAAAAGAAAUUCAUAUAGUUAAAUUUUAAGAUUUUAGAUUUAUCCAUCCCCCUCCCGUCGUCCCAAUUCGCUCCAAUCCCCCGCUCUUUAUAGGAGGGAAUUUUGUAAGAAAAACGAUUAUGUUCGAUUCGUUAAUUCGAUUUUCUCAAUGAAACAUUUCUGCAAUUAAACGUAUCUUAGUCUUGCACGUAGAUAUUAAGCUAAAAUCAAAGUAUUUAAAUUAUCUCAUAUACAUAUUUAUAUCAGUAUAAUCCAUAUUUUAAAGGCUUUAGUACUUUGUCGAGUUUCCUGUUUCGUUCGAGAAGCUCUCAUUCUACGUAACUACGUAUAUACAUAUAUAUGUACAUAAAUAUGUAUUUAUAUAUUUAUAUAUCUACGUAUAUGUAUGUAUUAUUGUCCAUGAAUUGUCGAAUAAUUUAAUAUAUUUUAGUUAAGAGUUAUCGCAAAAAUCGAGUGAUGAGAAAUAAAGUAUAUAUAAUUAUUAUAUACAAAUAUUAUUAUUAUUAUUAUUAUUAUCUCUCUCUCUCUCUCUCUCUCUCUCUCUCUCUCUCUUUAUAUAUAUAUAUAUAUUGUAUUCUAAAAUUAUUUUAUUUAUAUAUAUGAAUGUUUAUUUACGAUAUAAUCGCUCAUUCGAAUCAAUUGUUUUUGUAAGCUAAAACAAUGUAUAUACAGGGUGAGUCAAAUGAAAUAAUUAUUCACUUCAGUAUUCAUAUAAUUAUCGAUUCGCUCUGUAAAAACUCUUAAAAACGAAACAAAUUUUAAUCUGUGAUGCGUGAACGGUACCGGAUGCGUGCAAGAACUUAUUUUCAUAUAUUCAACAAUUUAUUUAUAAGAAUAAGAAGAAAAAGUAUUAUAUUAUAUUAUAUUAUAUUAUACUAUAUUAUAUUAUAUUAUAUUAUAUUAUAUUAUACUAUUUUCAAUAGUUUUAUAUAAAACAUAAGAAAACGAGUAUGCACUCAUUAUAAAUUCUUCUUUCACUUAAAAGGAUUAAAAUGUCUUUAAUCCUUUUUAUAGAAAAUCUCGAAUCAUCGUGAAACUUUAUUCAUAAUAUUAAUACGAAUAAUCGAGUAUUAUUAAAAAGUCAGAAAUCACUAUAGCUUACAAAGCAUUUCUUGGGAUAUGGGAUGGGGAUGAGGAUAGGAAGAAAACAAAAAAAAAAAGAAAAAAAAAAGAAAAAAAAAAUUAAAUUAAGAAAAAAGUAAAAGAGAAAAAGAGAAACAGUCAUGCGUGUAGAAAACAAUCAGACGUAAAGCGAAUGGUAAAAUCUCAUUGGAUAAUAUUGGUUAAUCGUCGACAGAGAAAGAGAGAGAGAGAGAGAGGGGAUAUUUCUCGACAUUUUCGGUAAAACGAUUUGUCCUCUCUCUCUCUCUCUCUCUCAUAAACUUCCGGCUUUACGCCGAGUGUCGUGUAUUAAAGCUCGUCGUUAUCGUAACGUUUUACUCGAUAUAGCUCGUUAAGCUCAACGCCUACGACAUGAACGUGCUCUACGCGGGAUGGGAGAAUGAGAGAG